GAAGAAUCGGGCAGACACCUGUCACGCAGCGAUAGCAGAUAUGGAUCAUUAAAAAGAGGACAAAGACAAGAAAGCCAUAGUGAAGAUGAUCUGCUUUCUGAAAACAUAGAAAUGAUGGAGCUGAGAGCGAGCUACGAGGGUUGUCUGCAGGAGGUGCGGACCCUGGAGCUGCAGCAGGAGACUCUUCUGUUCCAGGUGGACUGUCUUCAGGACGCCCUCGAGGGCACGGAGGAGAUGCUCGCUGAGACCCAGAGAGACAAUCACAAUCUCACCAUGGAGCUGGAGCGAGAACGAGAGAUGAGGAGGAAGUCGGAGGACAUGCUUGCCUCAUUAAAGCGGGAGCUGGAGAGGUUAAGAGAGGAAAGAAGCAGCGAGCCGCUUCAGUCGAGGCCGGCGGGGCCCGGAGUUUGA